AUGACAACCUCCCUACAGACCACAGCUGCCCCCUCCCACAAAGAACGGAGGCAACAUGAAUCUCCAAACCCUCCUCCUGGGGCUCCUCGCAGCGACACCGUGGCUGUCGGCCUCGUGCCCGGCCAAGAAGCCACCGGGGCCUGCGGACGGCGCGGUCCUCCGCAUCAUGGCGCUGGGCGACUCCACGUGGGCGCGACCAACACCGACGGCUACCGCAAGCGGCUCGCGACGGAGCUGGAAAGAGUAGCCAACGUCUUCAUGGUCGGCACGAAGCGCACCAGCGACUUUGGCGAGGGGGACGGCGAGUUCGAGCGCCUGCUCGUCGACGUCCGCGCCGCCGCGUCUAGCGAUGCCGUCGUCAUCGCCAGCACCAUGAUCCCCGCGCAGGGCGACGAGGUCGUGAGCGCGAUGAACAGGGACUAUGUCGCCCGGCUCGAGAGGCUCGCGGCGGCGGACGAGCGGAUAAGCGCUGGCAACUUUCGGGAUGAGUUGCAUCCAAACGACAAGGGGUAUGCUUUCAUGGCGGACUGUUGGGUCGAGCCCAUCAAGGUUGCUGAGGUGUUGGGAUUGAUCAAGAAGCCGGACGAGAUCUAG